UAAACACCGACAUAUACAUUCAAGCAUAGUGUCUAUCCUCAGCAGGACAUACGACCUGGAAUAUAUUAACUAUUAUUUGAGAUACGCCACCAUAUAAGGCACCUUACAGUUGAUACGGCAUGUCUCUGCUCACUUGAUACCGUGACGGCUGUGAACAAAAUACGACGACCUCCAGAAAAUAUACACGCUUUAUCAGACAGUCUCGUUAAAUACAUAGGAAAUUUCCACUGCGAACAGACUGACUUUUACUGUGUUUUACCACUUCAAAACGUGUGGCUACAGAACAAGUUUCUCUCCACAGGAUGGAUCAAGACGUGAGAGAAGAAACAACGGUUUUCAUCAAUAAGGAAAUCAUAUUUGGAGAUAAAGCACCCGACCCUGACAGUUCGACACCAAAGCGUGACAAGUGGGACCGCAAGUUGGACUUUAUCUUGUCCCUCGUUGGGUAUUCAGUUGGAGUGUCUAAUCUGUGGAGAUUCCCCUAUUUAUGCUUACGAAAUGGAGGAGGUGCUUUCCUCAUCCCAUUCUUCUUCUUCCUUUUUGUGACGGGAGUUCCGUUGUUUUACAUGGAAGUCUGUUUGGGGCAGUUUUCAGCAACAAGUCCACUUUUCGUUUGGAAGCUGUGUCCUCUUUUCAAAGGUAUAGGAUGGGGAGCGUGCAUAGUGUCAGGAUUAACAUCCAUCUACUAUGUCGCAGUGAUAGCAUGGAAUAUGUUUUACCUCAUCAAUGCCUUUUAUCCAUCACUGCCCUGGACUGCUUGUGACAACUGGUGGAACACGGACUCUUGCAUUGGUGCUGUACAUCGUGAUGCCAGUUCCCAGAACUCCAGUAUUGCUGUGGCUUCGCUCAACAGUACAGCAUUUUCUCUGCCAGAGGGUACCAAUAUAAACAACACAAACUCCUGGAACAAUUUUAUAGCAAAUGCAUCUGAAGAGGCCAAAACAGCCACGGAGGAAUUCUGGCAGUACUAUGUAUUACGCAAGUCUGAUGGUGUGGAAGACAUGGGAAGCUUCCAGCCUCACAUGGUGGGAUGUCUGUUUGUUUCCUGGCUGUUAGUCUUUCUGUGUCUCAUUAAAGGUGUCAAAUCGCUUGGCAAGGUGGUGUAUGUGACGGCGCUCUUCCCCUACCUACUCCUGACUAUCCUGCUGAUCAGAGGGGUGCUGCUCCCCGGGGCUGUGGAUGGAAUCAAGUUCUUUGUCUACCCAGAUUUCUCCAGGCUAGCAACCUUCAGUGUGUGGAUCGAAGCAGCUAUACAGGUGUUUUUUUCCCUUGGACCAGCAUGGGGCUCGAUAAUAACUAUGUCCAGCUUCAAUGACUUCAACAACAACUGCUUCAGGGACUGCAUCAUAGUGAGCCUUGCUGAUGGUCUGACCAGCUUCUACAGUGGCUUCGUCAUCUUCUCCGUGGUUGGAUUCAUGGCCAAAGAAACGAACACUAGCGUCACUGAACUAGCUACACAAGGCCCUGGUCUAGCAAUGGUAGCCUACCCUGAAGCGAUCAGCAAGUUGCCUCUUCCCCAGCUGUGGGCUGUGCUGUUCUUCCUCAUGUUGAUCAUGCUUGGCCUGGACACCCAGUUUGGAAUGGUUGAGAACCUUGUAGCUGGCAUUACUGACGGCAUCCCUCGUCUACGCAAAUACAGGAUUUUCGUCACUGCAGGCGUGUCCAUGGUGUUCUUCCUGUUUGGCCUUCCGAUCACAAUGAAUGGAGGGAUCUACAUAUUCCAGCUGAUGGACUGGUUCACCUCAGCAUUCUGUUUGUUUAUCUGCUCAUUCCUGGAAUGUAUUGUAAUUGGCUGGAUUUACGGUGUGGACAGGUUUGGCCGUGACAUAGAACUGAUGUUAGGAAGACGUCCUGGGAUUUUAAUGAAGUUCUGCUGGUGCAUAUCAACCCCACUGAUCAUGUUGACAAUCUUCAUCGUCACGCUGAGUGCCUACAAGAUGCCUACCUACGAUGGUUACACGUACCCACUGGUAGCUCGUGCUAUCGGCUUUGUCUUCGCUAUGCUGCCUAUCAUUCCUUUGCCUAUCUUCAUGGUGCUCGAACUGAUGAAAGCCAAUGGCACCUUGUGGGAGAGAUUCCUCUUCACACUUCGGCCUUCUUCGGGCUGGAAACCAUCAAAGGCGGAGUACCAUCGUGAUUAUAAAACUGACAAUCAUGAAUUUGUACUGCCACUGAAGUCUCUCUUACCACAACGACCACGUUUUCGCCAUAAGUGACUACAACCUACAUUCUUCCCGGCGCCUUGUCUUGUCGGUAUUAGCAAUACCCCAGCAAUGUCACGUGUCAGGGAUCGAUCUGGUUCUCCGGCAUGACAAGCUGUGAUUAAACCACAAGGCUGAACCACAACUUUGAUGUUAGUAUCACUAAUCUCAACAAUAUAUAUGCGGAUGAUAUUAAGGGGAAACUCCUAAUCUAUAGGGAAAGUUUUGCAAGACUUAUGUCAUGUCAGAAUGAAAAUGUUUUGACAAGUAUUGAUGAAGGCUCGUAAAAUUAGAAAUGCAUGAAUCUCAGUCAAUAUUCUACACAUUAAGAUCCAUAUGUUAUUUCUUAGAUAUGUUAUGCCUAUACAAUGUGCAAAUAUGUCAGACACUUUAUAAAGCAAAAUACAACAUACUGUCACUUAUGACACUUGUGCAAAUUGAAAGAUAUAUUUCCUUAGAUAUAUUCUACAGUAUAAUAAACAUGUUUUAAGCUAGUCCAGAUAAAAUAGCUUCCAACCUCCAACUGUAA